AUGGCCGCGUCCCUUCCGACCAGUUUCUGUCUGAGCCAUGGUGAUGAGUGUUGCAACCGUGCACACACCAAACCAUCAUUUCCAAGCCAUCAUUUGGCUGUGAAAAGGAACCUAGUUGGUCACUACGAAAGUAGCACAGUGAGGAGAUUGGUCAUGACGGCUGCGACUGAGGGAUCAAGGAAAUCUAAAGAAAGUCAACCGUCUUGGGCAAAUCCUGACUCAGAUGAGCCACCUCCUUGGGCUAGAGACGAAGCUCGUUCUUCUACUACUCAAGAUAGCUUUGAGAUUCCUUUCUAUGUUUAUCUCCUAGCCUCAGCGAUUACUGCCAUUGCUGCUAUUGGUUCUGUUUUCGAGUACUCGAGUAAGAAUCCAGUUUUUGGUGUAUUGGACUCAGAUAGUAUCUUCUAUACUCCUGUUCUUGGGUUCUUUGCUUUUACCGGAAUCCCCACCUCCGUAUUCCUAUGGUUCAAAUCUGUUCAAGCUGCUAACAAGGAAGCUGAGGAACAAGAUAAAAGAGAUGGAUAUCGUUAA